CCAGCACUUGGACCUAUAAAAGGCACUGAGCUCGAUUCCCUCUGUGUCUCUGCAAUUCGCCAGGUUUCAGUCAUGAGGAUCCAUUACCUCCUCUUCACGUUUCUCCUGGUGCUGCUCUCACCUCUUGCAGUCUCUACUCAAAGAAUCAAGAAUCCUAUAACUUGCAUCACCAAUGGAGGCAUAUGCUGGGGCCCAUGUGGUUCAGGGUUUAAACAGAUUGGCACUUGUGGCCUUCCUAAAGUCAGGUGCUGCAAGAAAACAUAAAUAAGAAGACCAAGAACCAGUGAGGAAAAUAAAAAGCCAGAAUCUGCUCCUCCAUGAAGAUGUAUAAAACUUCAACCAAAUUAAAGUGCUUUG